AUUCUCCCAGGUCCGGCCCCCUCGUCCGCCUCGCAUUUGGGAUUAACUCGCCCAUGGAGAGAUGGUCCUAGCUGAAUUAUUUAAAGACACUUAAGCGCAGAUUUCCCCCCAGCAGUCAGCCUGAUUUCUCAAUGGAGCCGCGGAUUCCCCACAACAUCACCGUUGUCCCCAACUCUGCGAUGGUGCAGCCCUUGCUGGACAGUCGGAUCCCCUACGGGCGGCUGCAGCACCCGCUGACCAUCCUGCCCAUCGACCAGAUGAAGACCAGCCACGUGGAGAACGACUACACCGACAACCCCAGCGCCUCCCAGCCGCCGGCCCAGAAGCGCCCCCGAGCCCCCCACGAGCCGGGCUUGGCCGGCCAGCACCCGCAGCGCUGUGAGCAGGAUGUCACCCACCCCUGGAUCUCCUUCAGCGGGCGCCCCAGCUCCAUCAGCAGCAGCAGCAGCACAUCCUCAGACCAAAGGCUGCUGGACCACAUGGCCCCGGUGCCCGUGGCAGAGCAGUCGUCCCCCCGCGCCGUUCGCAUCCAGCCCAAGGCCAUCAACUGCAAACCCCUGGACCUGAAGGGCCCCGUGUCUCAGGAGCUGGACAAGCACUUCCUGCUGUGCGAGGCCUGCGGGAAAUGCAAGUGCAAGGAGUGUGCCCUGCCCCGGACUCUGCCCUCGUGCUGGGUGUGCAACCAGGAGUGUCUGUGCUCGGCGCAGAACCUGGUCAACUACUCCACCUGCAUGUGCCUGGUCAAGGGCAUCUUCUACCACUGCACCAACGAGGACGACGAGGGCACGUGUGCCGACCACCCCUGCUCCUGCUCCCACUCCAACUGCUGCGCCCGCUGGUCCUUCAUGAGCGCCCUGUCCCUGGUGCUGCCCUGCCUGCUCUGCUACCUGCCGGCCACCGGCUGCGUCAAGCUGUCCCAGAGAUGCUACGACCAAGUGAGCCGGCCCGGAUGCAGAUGCAAAAACACAAACAGUGUCAUUUGCAAGGCAUUGCCCGAGAGCAAAGGGGCAGAAAAGCCCUUUUAAUAGUUUGGGAGGACGGAGUUGGGAGGGUGCUCCGCGGAGCAGGGUGGUGUUGGCUCUUUCUAACAACCUGUGUUCUGAGGAGAGCGCCAGCCUCUUGCCUUCGGAGAAAGCGGAAGCAACUAUUUCCACAAACUGAAGCACUUUGGGUUAUUCAGGGUUUUUGGAACUGGUCGCAGUUGAAAUGGAUGGGGCCAAAGGAGGAAUGUUAAUAAUGCAGAGUGAAGGCUGCAAACCCAUGUACAUCACGAAGUACAGCUGCUGAAAAACUCCCAGCUUGGAUGGACGGCUGCUCACCAGGCCUGCACACCACAGGAACCAUUAACUGCUCGCUUGGCAGGCACCGCCUCACAACCAAUCCCCAUUCCCAGCUGCAAAAAGCUGCUUUGAAUUCAGAUUCAGGGCGGGCUACUUGCUUCCUGUCUCCUUCCAAACCCCAGCUCGCUCCCAGCAGCCUGUUGAAGGUGAUGGGGGAACUCCCUCCACCCUCUUUCCCUCCUAGACACCACUCCAAGGGCUGGUUGCACACAAAGUACGCGUUUCUCAAAAGCUUCCUGUGUCCCUCAAAGAUUUUUGGACCAGAAGUGAAGCUACAUUUCAUUUGUUGAAGGGUCUUCUGCCCUUUGGGUGUAUCCCACCCGGCCCCACUGGUUUGGACCCUCUUUCUAAAGCAAGACGGUAGCAGGGCUGCUCCUCCCAGGAGGAAUUGCAGCAGGAUGUGUUCAGGCAGUUGUAUCAACACCGGGCCCUCCUGCCCGUGAGCUGCUCCGUGGCACCAGGUUUCACUCGAUGGAAUAUGAAUUUUCCCUCAAGAGAACAGCCCCUCUCCAGGAGGAAGGUGGCCGACCCCGUUUCCCCCAGGCCCCGUCGCUCCCCGGUGCCGGAGCAAAGGGGAGGUAACUCAAGCCACAGAGCGCAGACGGGCGGGGUUUGUUCCUCUAAAACCUCUGGUAAGAAGUCACACAAACCUAAGUGUACGAUGCACAUAGAUGUAUUUUUCUAGGGAUCUCAACCCAGUACCUCCCCUCCUGGAACAAGCUCUUCUUUGCUCAUUAGAUAUUAAGAUUUUUGUCUUGGGGUUGAAUGGCACAUUUGCUUGAAGUACAGCACAUUCCCCCAGUCCUAUUGCUGCUGUUUGACUUUUGCCUCUUCUGUACAAACGUGUCUUUUUAUAUGUAAAGAAUGCUUUUAGUGUUUAUUUUAGUGUUAACACACGCUAGGGAAGGCCAGGGGAAGGAGGAGAGUGUAGUUAACCAAUGGGCCUGUGGUUUUCAGCGUGCAAAUAUUGGCUCUGCCCGUGCCCUCGUCCUGGGGCUGGUUCUGCCUUCCCCAAGGAUGCUCCUCUCUCUUGACAACCACAAGGUGCUAAACAAGAAUCUUGGUCCAAACAUGCAACACUCUAAUGAGUCGGUAGGUACUUGUUGCAUGCAGAAAACUGACCUAGUCUCUCUUGGUGUUUUUAAUUAGAGGAGAUUUCCUCAGUAAGUGCACAGCAGUGACAGUGAAAUGUCAUCUCUAAUUAGAUAAGCAAUAGGCAGAGCUCAUGUAGCAUUUCCAGGAAUCCCGUUGGCCUGGUUGUGAUGCAGCCACGGGUAGGGAGGGGCUGGCAGCAGCGUCCUGAUGGGACUCUGGUGCCUUUGGGUCUCAGAAUUCAGCUCAGCUGGAUGACUUGGGGUUUAGCUCAAUUGAAUUGUAGAUAUUUAUUGAAUGGGGGAGUUAAAAAAAAAAAAAAAGAAAA